AUGCAGCCGCUGCUGCUGCUGCUGGCGGUGGCGAUGACGGCUUCCCUCCCGACAAGAGACGAGCACAACAGAAUUUCGCGGCAGUGGUUUUGGAGGGAGCGCCUAGACAACGUGGCCAUGAAGCUGCGAAAAUUUUCCGAGGAGGUGUCCUAUCUUUCUUCGGGCAAACACAUGCCGAGCUGCGGCAUCUGCAGCUGGGCUGCGGGCAGUGUGCUGACCGACGUCCGGCGAGGCCUGACCGAGGAGGUGAUCGCCGACAACCUGAGAAACGAGUGCAAGAUGUUUGGACUCGCUGGUUCAAACCGCGUCUGUGACGGGCUCGUCGACAACUUUAAGGACGAGUUCUUCUACGUCAUGAAGCGGACCACGCAGAGCGCCAACCAGGUGUGCAGCUUGGUGCUGGGUGAAGAUUGCGGGGACAAGGCGCCGUUGAACUGGACCGUUGUGCUGCCCAAUACCAAGAAACCCGAUCCUGUGCCUCCGAGACCAAAGCCGGGCGCCCCAAGGUUGCGCUUCCUGCACAUCACUGACACGCACGUAGACCUGCGCUACUCGGAAGGCAGCCGUGCCGAUUGCCCCGAGCCUCUCUGCUGCCGUGAGGAGAACGGCAAGGCUCACUGGCUCGCUAACAUCCCCGCUGGACACUGGGGCGCCUUGCGCAAGUGCGACCUGCCUGCCAAAACGUUCGAAAACAUGCUGCAGACGGUUCGCGAUUACCACAAGGUGGAUUACGUCAUAUGGACAGGCGACAUGGUCCCCCACGACGUGUGGAACACGUCACGGGAAGGUAACAUCGCUGUGACAAAAUACACGGCGGACGCGAUCGCGAAGUUCCUUCCUGGAGUGCCAGUCUUCCCGGCGGUCGGAAACCACGAGGGACAUCCUGCCAACUGCUUUCCGCCCCCUGAGGAGAAAGGAAAUAUGUCAGCCUCCUGGAUCUUCGACGCCCUAGCUGAUCAGUGGUCUCGCUGGUUGCCUCCAUCUGCCACCGACACCAUACGAAGGGCAGGCUACUAUUCAGCAAGACCAUACCCUGGACUGAAGAUAAUUUCUGUGAAUACGAACUACUGCAGCACAUUGAACUGGUGGCUUUUGAUAAACGCCACAGACCCGGCACAACAGUUGGCAUGGCUCGUGAAUGAGCUGCACGAAUCGGAAACCAAGGGCGAAAAGGUACACAUCAUCGCGCAUAUUCCGCCGGGCGUGUCUGACUGCCUGCACGUGUGGAGCGAGAACUACCACCGCAUCCUAGAAAGGUAUGAAUCCACAGUGCGUGGUCAAUUCUUCGGGCACACGCAUGCUGACGAGCUUGAGGUGGCCUAUGACUCCAAGGACGCCAAGCGGGCACUCGGCGUGGCUUAUCUCGGACCAAGCCUCACGACGUACGGCUCGGGUCACCCUGCCUUCCGUGUAUUCACUGUGGACGGAGGCUAUCCCGGAGCUUCCUGGUCGCUCCUGGACCACCACACGUACCUACUGAACUUGACCGUGGCCAACGCGCAACCCGACAUGCCGCCACGGUGGGAGCUCGAGUACAGUGCCCGUGCUGCGUACAACCUGACGAGCCUUGAACCGCAGCAGUGGGACGACGCGCUCGCGAAGAUGGAGCACGAUGACGAACUUUUCAACAAGUUCUACAGAUUCUACUACAAGGGGGAGCCACAGAAGAAGCACUGCAAGGUGUCCAAGAACCAUCGCCAGUCGUUCGCCAAGCAGUCGCUCCUGGACCACCACACGUACCUACUGAACUUGACCGUGGCCAACGCGCAACCCGACAUGCCGCCACGGUGGGAGCUCGAGUACAGUGCCCGUGCUGCGUACAACCUGACGAGCCUUGAACCGCAGCAGUGGGAUGCCGCGCUCGCGAAGAUGGAGCACGAUGACGAACUUUUCAACAAGUUCUACAGAUUCUACUACAAGGGGGAGCCACAGAAGAAGCACUGCAAGGGUUCGUGCCGGAGGAGGCUUUUAUGCGAGCAAAGGACCGCGACUUCCACGGACCUAAAGCGGUGCUAG